AUGUCAGGAAAGGGCAAGGAGGAAGGAGAAGGGAGCACGAGCCUGCAGCUCCUGCCUYGGCGGGUUGCGGGUGGCCAGCGGCCGGUGCCCCGCCCGGUUGCCCCGGGCGACCCGGACGGUUUGUUUUCGGAGCGGGACCCUCCCACGUGCGCCCCUGGCCAGCGGCGGGGGCGUGCGCCCGGUGGGCUUCGUUGUCUGCGCGUCUCCGCGCGGCCGCCCCCGCCCCGCCACCCCCGCCGCGGUGGUUCGKUCCGGGCCGCGAGGCAGGAGGCGRCCACCGGAGCCGACGCCAGAGUGGGCGGCCAGCGGCGGGGAGAAGGUGAGAGGCUGCGGCCCAACCCGAGCGGGGCGCCCCGGAGAGGUGGUCCCCGGCGGCCGGCGGAGAAAGGGGCCUGGCCGCCCCGCUGCCCGGGGCUCCUGGUCUCAGCCCUGGGCUGGCCUGUCCGCCUGGGCGCCCCAGCUCCUGGAGGCUGGUUGGACGACCCCCGAGGAAACUCUGAAGCCGCYGCCCGGGCCUCAGGACCCCCUGGGCGGUUGGGGAGCCCCCUCCCCGUCGCCAACAGCACACCAUUUCUCCCCCACCCAGAUACCACCAGCAAAAUGCCCGACAUCAAGGAGAAUGUGCCCGCAAAAGAACCUGGCAGCGGCUCCUGCGAGCCCGAGUCCUCAGAACCGACCCAGGAAGACGAGAACAGCUCCCAGGACAACCCUUCGCAUCUGACAGAGACAAUCAAUGAAGUUUCCAAGAUGAGCAGUGRGAUUGGAUUGAAUCGUGAUUUCCAUGGGGAGGAAAAUUUGCCUUCAAAUAGUUCGGAAGGCAAGGUCAAGGAGACAAUGCACAAUGACUUUUGGGACCAUCUUAAGGAACAGCUAACAGCUACUCCCCCUGACUUCAGUUGUGCUCUCGAACUUCUGAAAGAAAUCAAAGAGAUCUUGCUGUCACUGCUGUUACCGCGUCAGAACCGCCUGAGAAGUGAGAUUGAAGAGGCUCUGGACAUGGAGUUGAUCAAGCAGGAGGCAGAACACGGAGCCCUGGACGUCCCUUACCUUUCAAAGUACAUCCUCAACAUGAUGACUCUGCUGUGCGCUCCAGUCCGGGAUGAAGCCGUACAGAAGCUCGAGAACAUCACCGACCCCGUUCGGUUACUGAGAGGGAUCUUCCAGGUCCUGGGCCUGAUGAAGAUGGACAUGGUGAACUAYACCAUCCAGAGCCUGCAGCCACACCUCCAGGAGCACUCCAUCCAGCUGGAGCGGGCCAAAUUCCAGGAACAGCUCAACAAGCAGCCCAGUCUCCUGGACCACACCACCAAGUGGCUGACACAAGCAGCGGCCGACCUGUCCACUCCACCCUCCGCGGCCCUCGACCCGCCUGACUCUUCCAACGUGGCGGGCCCUGCGCCAAGUGAGGCGGCCAGCAACUUGGAGCCCCUGAGCCCCACGAUGGUGCUGUCCCAGGGCUUCCUGAACCUCCUUCUCUGGGACCCUGAAAACGAAGAGUUCCCGGAGACCCUGCUGAUGGACAGAACCCGGCUGCAGGACCUCGAGUCCCAGUUGCACCAGUUGACCAUCCUGGCCUCGGUCCUGCUCGUGGCCAGCAGUUUCUCUGGCAGCGUUUUGUUUGGUUCGCCCCAGUUUGUGGAUAAACUGAAACGCAUCACCAAGUCCCUGAUGGAGGAAUUUAAGACCAGGCCUGAGGAGGCUAUGAAGACUGUGAGCGAGCAGGUGUCUCAGGAAAUCCACCAAAGCCUCAAGACCAUGGGCCUGGCUGCGCUGAGCAGUGAGAACACGUCCUCUCUGACAGGGCAGCUCGAGAACAUCGCCAAGAAGGAGAACUGCGUCCGCAGCGUCAUCGAUCAGCGGAUCCACUUGUUUCUCAAGUGCUGUUUGGUUCUUGGAGUGCAGCGAUCUCUGUUGGACCUUCCCGGAGGCCUCACCCUCAUUGAGGCAGAGCUGGCGGAACUGGGCCAGAAGUUUGUGAACCUGACACAUCACAACCAGCAGGUGUUCGGCCCCUACUACACRGAGAUCCUCAAGACCCUCGUCUCCCCCACUCAGGCCCUGAGCGCCAAAGUGGAAUCUCUCUGA